AUGCAUAGUGCUGGUCAACGCCGGACCAAACAGCCUGAUAGGUUCAAUCCCUCCAAUUAUUACCCCUCCCCCAUACUUCCUGCCACUGAUUUUGAUAUCACCAUGUCAGGUACUGAAGAUGCAAAUCAAUCCCUAGUAGGAAACCCCUCCCUCUCUUUAGAGUCGUUGGCCCAGUUAAUAUCCAACAUGUCUGAUGCGUUCAACUCUCAGCUAGAUAAUGUCUCCCGGAAGUUCGGUGAACUCGACGCGCGCCUGGAUGAACUAUGUCUUAGAAUCGAUGACAAUGACUCUGAAGUCAACGUUAAGUUCACACAAUUUCAAUCCUCAGUCAACAAAGAUCUCAUUGCCAUACAAAACGAAAAUUCCCAACAACAACAGCGGACCCAAGAAUCCCAAAAAUGUACAAUCAAUUCCCAACGCGCGCUUAGUGACACCAUCAGAGCCCUCGGAGAUAGGAUCAGCCUUGUCGAAGGUCAAAGUGCCAGGCUAGCUGCUCUGGAAAAUAAAUUUCAAAAUUCUGUCCCUCUAGUUUCCCCCCCAAUAACCUGUUCACAGUCAAUGCCUCAAGUUUCCUUUAAUAGUAUCUUAACUUCCACUACCGUCGCUCAUCCUAUUCCAACACAAUCCGCUAUCCCUUCAAAUACUUCUAGUUUUUCCGCCCCUAAUUACAAUAUAUCAUUUCCUAACCAAACCACGUCCACAAUAAAUAGUACCACCCUUUCCAACAGCACUGGCAUUAGCCUCGAUUCUGCAAAGCUUCCCCCCUAUGAUGGUCAACUCAUUCCAGUUCACCCUGAGGAGUUCAUUGAACAGGCCGAACAGUAUUUUCUCACCCAGCCCCCAGUCCCCGAUAAUGUCAAAAUUAUAUCAAGUCUAAAUUCGUCGAAGGUGCCCGUCUCUGGUACACCACUCUACUUCCCCCCCAACAAAUUAUCAAGAUUUUUUAGUAACAUUUCGUAA